AGAUAUGUCUCUCUACCUGUCGUUCCAUUUCGGUUUUCCUUUGGAAUGGCAGCGAGGUGGGUAUGGGGGUGAGUGAAGCAUGGGUGCCACAGGCGCGCAGGACACCGUUGGAUGAGGAGAAUAUCCAAAGGGAGGGAGGAGGGGUUGCGCGUAUGUGACAGCCAUUGGACGUUUCCAUUCGCACCACUCGGGCAGAGGAUAGAAUCUCUCCAUCUGGAUCGGCGCGGUUAAAAAUCGUCAGCGGUUCGUCCCACGCAGCAUGCGAACAGGAGACACGCGCCCCGGGUCAUGCUGAAUAAGUGUCCGACCCUGCUGCUGGCUCUGACCGCAGUGGCCGGACUUGUCCAGCGAUGCCAGGGAUGGAGCGACGAAGACAUGCUGCUUUCGCCCGUCAACUCCUCCAACAGGUUCCUGCCCGACCUAGGAAUGGAUGUGCGCCUGUCCAAGAGGUCCGCGGAAGGGAGCGAAGCGUCUCCGGACGCGUCGUCCGUGCAGACGCCGUCCCAUUGCAACGUGAGCGUCCAGAGACUGCUGCCCUCCUCGUUGGUGGCCCGCUGGGACAGCAGCUUCGGCUUCCAGUGCGACGUGCUCAUCUACACCACCAACAACCACGGGCGGGCUUUUUUCUCCGCCUCUUUCAACCGGGCCAUCUCGCCCGUGGUCAUCGAGCAUCUGGGCACCACCGGGGGUCAGCAGGAGUUGAGGCUGUGCGUGGGCUGCGGGCUCUCACGCUACAGGAGGCUCGGCCCCAGUCGGGCUAGGGGGCAGCAGAGCGGCGACCAGGUCACGUUUUGCUGCGUGGAUUUCAGCCUCGACGAGCUGAAAGGUGACAAAAGUUGGAGGCUGAACAGAAAGCCCAUCGAGUCCACACUUGUGGCUUGCUUCAUGACUCUGGUCAUCAUCGUGUGGAGUGUUGCUGCUCUCAUAUGGCCGGUUCCUAUAAUUGCAGGCUUUUUACCUAAUGGGAUGGAGCAGAGACGACCCAGAUGACUGAUCUGAGUUGACGAGCCCGUGCUGCCUAUACCGAAUAUUAAUUGUAGCCAUUCUACUUCUUGCCACAACGAAUGAACGACUGUUUACUGAAGUGUUGGUCAUUUGGAUUUCUAAUAAACCUCCUUAGAGGAUAAGGUAUGAAUGUAUUUUACGUAUGCGUGAGUUCUAGUGGGACCAAUAUCAAUGUUUUUUGUAUAUUUGUAGGCCCGUAUAGCCUAGAAUAAAUAAUCGUAAAGUGUGCACAAUUUUCUCUUCAAACCUUCUUUGUAGUUUUGAACCUUUCUAGAAUGUUUGCCUUAUACUGUACCUCGUGUAGAACUUUUGCACUGCACGUGUACUGAAAACAUAUAUAAUCCAGCUAUAAAAUGUAUGCCUUUUCUGACGGAAUUAUUAAGUGGAUUUCAAUGUUUAUAAUGCUAGAUUUGUAAUAUCAAGCUCAAUAUACAAUAUGUGCUUUAUUUGUAUCUGUCACAAUAUAAACAAUAUACAGGACAAUAAAAUAUGCUAUGAUAUAUUUUA